AUGGCGGAGGGCAGCGCGUCUUGCGGAACGGGGGAAGCCCCGGGGGAUCACGAGCGGCCGGGACGACGAUUCGAGGAAGCUGCAGGAAGCGCGGCGGGUGGAGGAGAUCCACCCGACUUCACGCCGCGUGCACCUUCGUCUUCGGCGACUGGUGCUUCUUCAGAGGCUUGGGCAGCCGCACAGACGCACGCGCUCAGCGUGCAGGUCGUCGAGGUUCCGCCGCCGGCGAGUUCCGCCUCAGGCGAUUCGCCCCAUGUGGGGUGGGGGGGCGGAGACGACGGAAGUCUUCCUUCGCUUUCGGCGAGGGACGAGUGCCAUGUAGGCGUGUCCUGUGACCCUUCCGCGUGGAGUUCUGUUCUUCUUGAUCUCGGGCCGCCAGGGGGAGUUUCUCCGGAGCGUGCGCCGCCGCCCCCCGCGUUGCCUCCGUCUCCCGUGUCUGUGUGUCUGUCUUCGCCGCGCUGCCCUUCCCUUCCCUCGUCGCAGAGCGAUCUUUCCGCAGUGUCAACGAACUCUCUUUCCUCGGUUCGCCGGGUGAAACCGAUCUUCACACGCCAGGAACGCCCAGGCUCUCUGCAGGCGACGUCCCCGCCGUCUGACUCGCCCCUCUACAGCCCCUGGUCUGUCUCACCCUCUGCAUUCCGGUCGGGGGCUGGCGCCGCCUGCCGCCACGGGUCUUCAGGUGGCUCCCCGGACGUCGGGACGCCGGACAAGCCCCGCAACACGAAUCUCGACUCGGCUGUGCAGCCGCUGCGGACGUCGUCCGCGUUGUCUCUGCCUGCGGCUCUCGCGCCUGCGCCGCCUUGCCCGUUUCCGCGGAGCGCGGGGCCGUCGUCUCUCCUGUCUCCUGCUGGCUUCGCGUGCUCGCCGGGCGCGCCCUCCGCGACGCCGCGAGCGCGGCGCAAAACAGUUUGCACCGCUACUUCUGCGCCUGCGUCUCCGGGGUUCCGCCGGUCGUCCGCGUCCUCUUCGGCGUGCGCUCCCACGCGCACCCCGCGGUCUCCGCGCUCCUGUUCGCUGCCAGCCAUCCACUCGCCCUUUCCCGCGGCGUCCUGCUCAGCGCUUGGCGACGGGUGGCAACAGGAUGAAGCAUCCGUCGCGCUGCGGGACAGCGACGCGCGCAGACUCAGCUUUGUUUCCUUUUUCUCUUCCGACGACGGCGCCAUGGAGGCGGGCGAGUUCCCUACUGCUUCCUCGGGCACCGGCAAAACGCUGGCGAUACCUCGACUUCAGACGGAAAGCUUCGCAAGCUCCAUUCAAGACAGGGCCUUCAUGCACACGGCUGCAUGGGGCGACGACGCCCGUGCUCUGUACGUCUCUUCUGUCUCCUCGGUCGCUUCGGCGGAGCCGCUCGCCGAAGAUGGAGACCCCAUCGCCCUGCGUGACCGGACGCCCGCGUCGGAAGGUGCGGAGGCCGUCGUCGCUGGCAGCCGCAGUUCCGAGCGAGCAGCGGGCCUUGGAGAACGCGGAAGGACAUCGCGCGACCCCUCCGGCGAGGAAAGGUUGCCGGCGAAAUCCGUUCUUGCAUCCUCCUGUCCCGCACGCUUACCCAGGGCUGACCUUCCGAGGCUCUCGACUCCCGACUCACCAGCAUCAGCCGGCGCAGAAGACGAGGAUCCGCUGCGCGUCAAGCGGCGGUGCCGGGGGACGACGGCAGACGCAGCUUCUUCUUCCGCGGGAUUUGGCACCAGGUCGCCCCUCACCCAGCCGCCUGAGUCGAUGGCGGGGAAUCGGUGGUCAGUAGGUGGAGGGAGCGACAAGGAAGUUCUGGGCGAGCCAGAGGAGCGGCGCAGCACGAGCUCCGAGGCGCCUGAGAGCGCGACGAGUCAGCAAGCCCCUGCCGCGUCGCCAGCGUGCAGUCUGCUGAAACGGAGGCCCCCCACUCAGCAGGGCCUGCAGCGGGCGGGUAAAAUGCAGCAGCUGAGAGAAGAGCCGCCGCGGCCGACGGCGCGGCGAGCUUCGUGGCUGCAGGGGCAGGAGUGCGCUUCCACGCUCCGCUUUCUGGUCUCGGAACUGGCGCCCACGGCGUCCGCUGCCCCCCGGCGGGCCGUCGCCUGGGGAGACGGUGAGACCCCGCCCGCCGCGCUCGACACAGACCAGCUGGAUCGAGCGGCGACGGAGGAGGAAGAGGCGCGCGGGAAGGACGAGGACGAGAAGCAGAGUCUUUUUUCCUUCUUCGAAGCCGAGGAGUGCGCAACUGUUGGCACGGCGGAGCUCCGCGCGAGCGCCGUCAGUGCGCCGCCGGGCGUCACGUCCCUGGGCUCACCCGCCGUGGCUCAUUCGAGAGAACCGGCAGGCUUCCCUCGCAGGCGGCUAACCCUCAGCAGGCCCGUCGCGGUCGCCGACCUGCAGGAAGACGCACGCGCUGUGGAGGGACGGAAAACUCCUCGGGAUACCUCUAGAGGCCAGAGAGACGCUGGCGAGUCGGCCGCAGCAGCAGACUGCCAGAGCCUGUCCCUGUCGCUUCAGACAGACGGCGAGGCCGAGAGGAAAGAAAGCGCGGAGGGAGAUGCGCGACACGCGAGCGAGACGCCCGGGGGGCACACAGAACGGUCGCGGGAGACCGGUUAUGAGCAAGCAGGACGCGGGGAAGGCGACAGGCGCCGAGACGCGGCGGACUGGAGGCCAGCGGCGACGCCAUCCUCGGACGAAGAGACGACGCGGCGAGGGAGAGACGAGGAGGAGGGCGACGUGGAUGACCGAUCGUCGACUGCGCCUCUGUCUCCUCUCUCGUGUUCGCUGUCCUUUGCCGAGACCGAAGAGCUGCCGACGGACGCGCUGGAGACAAGUCCGGAGGCGUCGGUCCCCGUCAUUUUUCGGGUCUUUGACGCCCAGGGCAGUUUGUGUGCGGCCUGCCGCGCGCAGCUGCAGCCUGUGUCGCAGAGGCCGAGUCCCCAGCCUCGCUCCGAGAGGCCGUCCCGCCGCUUUCCUCUGCACGCCUCUUCUCAGUUUUCGUUCCCGUCGCGCCCGUCGUCUUCCGCCGCGUCGUACCUGUCCUUCUUCUCGGCAGACGCCGCGCGCGAUGGUCAGCCGGUGCUGCCGGGUGCCAUUGUCUUUGGGCGAGCCGACCCUCUGGGCGGAGGCGGCGAAGCGUCGCUCUCGUCCGACCGCUUCGAGGAUCCCGUCUUCUUCGGCGACCGCCGCCGCAAAGAGUGGCGGCGAGUGCCCUCACUUUUCUCCUCUUCCGUCGACGAGAUGAAGACCCCAGCUCCCGCCUUCAUGCCCCCGUCGUCCCCCACACUCACGUGCUCGUCUGGCUUCUCGUCGUCCUCGCCCUCCGUGUCGCAGCGAUCCUCUUCGCCGUCCUCUUCCACGGCCUCGCUCGCGCGGAUCGCCCGCGUGGAGGCGCGACCGGACUCGCAGAUCUGGGCGCCUGGCGCGCCUCAGGAGCAGCCGGCCUUCGCUGCCGCGUGGGAGACUCCGAACCCAAGCCAGGUUGCGAUCGAGGCCGCGACAGCCGGCGCCCGCUGGAGCGAUCACCGCCGGUGGCAGGACUGCCCCUGCAGCGCGCUCUACGUCGUCGGGAGCCACCGACUUCUCGGCGGAUGGAGGAGGCGGCGAGGCAUCAGACUGCGCACCAACCCCAACCUCUUCCCCUACUACGUCUCCGCGCCCGUUCUCGUGCCUCGACACGUCCGCGCGAUCGGCUACCGAUUCGCGCGCCUCUCCGGCCCUCCCACUGCGCUCGCGGACCCCGCCGGCGGCGCCGGCAGCUCGCGGCCUCCCUUCGCAGCGUCUGCCGCGGACGCACCGCCCGCCUCGCCCCCCGGACCUUCGCCUGCGACGGCCGCUGGAGAGAAGCGCGACGCGGCGCGCGUCUCCCCGGCAACCGGGUGCCAGACAGAGAGAGAGAAGGUGGGCACGCUCGUCGCCGUCGCCGAUCUGCAACCCUCUCUCUUGCGAAGAGUCCCCCAGGAGGCUGAGACGGCAGACAGAGCAGACGCGAAGGCGACAGCUGCGAAGGCGACAGCCGCGGGCGAGAAAGGAAAGGACAAGAUGGAGAGUUCGGCGGAGAGCGCGGAGCGGGAAGUAAGCGCGGUUGUUGCGGUCGCGAGCUCCGACCCUGCGCACCUUCGCCGCGCCGAUGUGUCAGAGGAGCGAGCAGACAAGGGAGGCGAGAGCGGCGCGCGACGGCCAAAGGACAGGAGCACGUUUCGCUGGUUUUCCUUUCUGCGGAGAGCGCAGGGAGGCAAAGGGCAGGCGAAGAAAGCGAGAAAGAAGAAAGAAGGAACCUGGGCUGUCGAGCUGGUGCACGGAGAAAGGAGACUCAAGCUGCCGAUGACAGCUGCCGUCAUCUCACACACUUUCGGUGUGAACGACAAAGGAAUCUCGCGCCACGCGACGCACAAAGACCUCGUGGAGAGCCUUGCGCUGUGCCUAGGGACGGCGGAUUGGAACGCACCCGUUUUCCGUCAGGGCGGCGCUUGGCAAGUGGUGGAGAGGCCGGACUCUGUCAGUGCGUUUCCUGCGACGAAGGCGCAGGAGCGAGCGCGAGCGGCGCCUCUCAGCUGCUACUGGGACUCGAGCACGGUCGCAGGCUCGGGCGAAUACCUCUCGUUUGUUUGGAAUUUCGCGCUGCUCUGCUUGCCCUCCCGCCGCUGGCCGUUCAGUCUAUUCGCCGCGCCGCCCUCCACAGACUCCCGCGCGCGGUCUCCGCUCACAGCCGCCUCGCUCUCCUCUCUCGCGCCUGCGGGUUCGCCGGCGUCUGCGCCGGAGGAUGAGGAGGAGCAUGGCGUGGCACCGCUCGCCGAAGCAGAGGCGAGGGGCAGGACGGCGGAGGCGGCUGCGACGCGCGGCGAGUCCGCCUUCCUCCCCUGCGAGUCACCCUCGCCGCCCUCUUCGUCUCCAGGCUGCGGCUCAGACUCUGCACUAGCAGCUGGCGCGCCGAGCCCGCAGUUGCCUCUUGUCCGCGUAGGCCGCGUGACGGACCUCGCGGAGAAAAGCAAGCGCCGGAGGCGGCGGGGCGAGAAGGCGGCGGGAGAGCAGCGGCGGGAGCACCGGAGCGCGGCCGGCUUCUCCUUCAAAGCGUUCGCCCUCAAGUCGCUGGCGACCCUCUUCCAAGCCGAAGACGACUUGUUCCGCGCAGCAGGUACGCAUAUAUCCUUGCCUCUUCACCUAGAGGCGCGUAUGCUGGGGUGA